ACAGUGCAGUUUAGAUGAAAUAUUAUCAUAAAGUUCUAUGAAGCUAUGUGUUGUUUCAUCGCUUAGAUUUGCUAUCUUGAGAUACUACACUAAGAUGGCUGAUCCGAUUUUUCAAAAUGUUCUGGAUGUUUAUAAACAGAAGAAAGUUAUAAUUUCAAAAGCACAUUCUUGUGAUCAUUUAGGAUUCCAGUCACCGAGGGGAGAAAUCGAGAGAGCUCUAUAUGGCAUCCAUGUCUUAAACAAUCUCACAACUUAUUCCAGGUGUUUAGACUUCAUUGAGAAAAUCCCAGACAUACCAGACGUUGACGCCAACGAGGCUAGAAAGAUCUUCAUUCAUCAGUUUGUAGAAACAUUCUCACCGGUUUCACAUCUGGGACAUAAUCUGUAUGUACAUGCUUUGGUGGAUGAAAAUGAAGACGUUCGCGGUGGACUUGAGAGAUACUGUUUUGUAGAUUUUACUUUGUUUGAAAACCCUCUUCAUUUAGCUGUAGAGUGUCAUCUUCUUCGUAUGAUGGAAUUUUUAGUGAACGAAAAGGGAAUGGAUGUGAAUUGUGUUGAUGACAAAGGUAACACACCACUGCAUUACUUGAUGAAAUAUAAUCACCGAGAGAAUGUAGAGCUUAAAAGGAAGUUCGAUAGAAGUUUAUUCUAUAAAGUUCUGAACUUUUUAAAGAGCAAGGGUGCCAGGUUAUUAGUUCGUAACAAAAAGGGAAGAACACCGCUACAGUAUGCCAUCAUAUAUAAACACAUUACAGACAUUAAUGAGUUCAUUGAUACAUAUAGUGAUUUCAGCGACUUCAAUCAUGAAACUCGUAUAGAAAUCUUGGAACUUUAUGCAGCAAAGCAGAUAUUCAGUGUCCAUGAGAAUGAGUCCGUUGGAGGAGUGAACACCUACAAACGUGCUUUGGUUGAAAGAAGAAAACACAGUAUUCCAAAUUCUAGCAAAAUGCCCCGAAGGGAAAUUUUCUUUGACAGUGUAGUAGAACCUGAUACAGAAAAUUCUGAGUUUUUGGACUUAAUUUGCACUGCAGGAGAGAAAAAGAGAAGACUUAUUCUUGGCCUCCUGAUUCAUGAAAGAAUUAUAGGAUGUGGCAAUUUUUGUUAUCUGAAUGGAUGCAAUGUGUAUUUUGAACUUUUACGUAAAGGAGUUUGUGAGGAAAAUAUGGCGACCCAUCAUCUUUUGAAGAGUUUGAAAUAUCAUUUCAAUUUCCUGAAAAAUGAAAAGGUUUUGGAAAAAAGGCUCAAUACUUUUUAUGAUAUGAGGUCAGCAAUAAAAAGUUAUGAAGAUCCUUGCAGUGUUGCCAAUGUAACUCAGAGACCCGUCCAUCUAAAUCACUUUUACUGUAACAGUGACAAAUACACAACAAAGGAAUUAUUGGAUGUGUUGAUGUUUUUCCAUGUGAGUGCCUUUCAGAUGAUGUUGGAACUUUGUGUAGUACCCUCCGAAGAGGAUAAACUUGGUUUAUUAUAUUUGAUGGACACUAUUUUAUCAAGAAGUUUAUCAGCGGAAGAUACCUGCAAUCUAAGGAAGGCAAUGGAAGCCAUUGUCAGUGCAUGGAAUUCCAGCGAGUGUGGACCAAUCGGAUUGAUGCAUAGUAUCGUGUGUCCUAUGUUGCUUCUGGACAGUGAUUAUGAGGAAGACGAUCAUAAAUUUAGUCAUGGUCCAGAAAUUAUGGAGAUGCUCCUAGACAGUGGAGCCUCAAUUCACGAGUUAAAUGAAUUGGAAUUGAACAUUCUGCAUUGGUUUUUUACAACUAGCAUUGAGAAUUUUGAGGAAAAUAUAUACGAGUGUUUUCCCAAAGACGAAGUUGAAAGUACAGACGAUCAACUUAGAAGAAUUGUUAAGAUUGCAGUAGAGAGAGGACUGCAUGUAGAUCAGAGAACUAAUGAAGAUCAUGGAUUUCAAACUGCACUGGAUCAAGCUGAGGGUACAGAAUUUUAUCCUAUUCUGAAUAAUCCCAAGUAUAGAAGUCUUAAAUGUCUUGCAGCAUCUGUUAUUAUAGAGGAAAACAUUCCCUUUAGGAAUGAGAUUCCAAUAGAACUUGUUCAUUGGAUUGACUUUCACAUGGGAAGUAGAGAAUUUCCAAAUUGAGUUCAUUUCUGCAUUUUUUGUUUUGAUGAUUGUCCCCGCUGAAAGUGGGGGAUAUUAAUUUUGGUCUGUCAAUCUGUCCGUCUGUCUCUCCGUAUUUAUAGCCCGAUAGAUGUUUUUAAAUGAUACCUUAUUAGGCUACUUAUAUCUACAUUUGUGACUUAAUCAUACUUUUUAUUUGCCUGAUUGUGACUUUUAACGUGUGAAAUGCAUUAUUUUUCAAACCCAGUAGCAUAUAUAUGUAAUCCAAUGAACGCCCGUCGACCCUUUAUGACUUCACUGAGAAAUUCCGGGAUUUAUACAGUUAUAGUGUCGCAGAGCAAUCACCCAACUUAAUAAAUUGUGAAUGAGAGAGUUAGAAGUUCGGAUAGGUUGCAGGUGCGCGGCGCAGGCGUUGUAGCUCUGUUUCUUAAGAGUGUCAUCUUAGCUAGUUAGAGAGAAAGAGAGUGGUCAAGUACGGAUUCAGAAUUUGUUUGUCAUUUCUGCUAUCGUUGUUUAUUGUGCGUGAUAGAGUUCUGAGAGGUGAAAGUGAGCAUUACGUUGAUUUGUGUGAAAAACUGGGAAUAAGAGAUUUGGUAUGGCCAUGCCCUGAGAACACGUGGGAGAAAGAAGGAGAAUAAGUUUGGAAGUAAAUGAGAGUGGAAGUGUCUUUUAAUUGUGAACUUUGUGCAUUCUUAUGAAUAUAGUGCGUGUGUUGUAAAUAUGUAAAUAAA